CGGUGCCUCCCUCCCUUGAGCAGAAGCAAGCACCGAUUGCCCCAUUUGCUAUGCAUGAGCUCUCCUGUGCCAAGGCAGAAGGGGGGUUUGCUUCAGGAGGAUCGGGGGCUCCAGCAAAGCCACUUGGCCAGCCUUUCAGGCAAGUUAGAGGAGGAGGCACCUCUCUUAUGGAAUUGCAAGUGGGCAUGGGAUGCCCCAAAGCCUGGAGGAGCCCUUCUUUUCUAGGCAUCCCUAAGGUGGUCUGUGCUACGUUCUCCCUGUGGAAUUAUUGAGGGUCAUGAGUCAAGGCGAUGCUCCCCGGCCAUUGAACUGGACCAUUCGGAAGCUCUGCCAUGCUGCCUUCCUCCCAUCUGUCAGACUUCUUAAGGCUCAGAAGUCAUGGAUAGAAAGAGCAUUUUACAAAAGGGAAUGUGUUCACAUCAUACCCAGCACCAAAGACCCCCAUAGGUGUUGCUGUGGACGACUAAUAGGUCAACAUGUGGGACUCACUCCAAGUAUCUCCAUUAUUCAGAAUGAGAAGAAUGAAGGCCGUCUCUCUCGGAAUGAUGUCCAAUCAGAGAAGUGGUCAAUCAGCAAGCACACUCAGCUCAGCCCCACGGAUGCCUUUGGAACCAUUGAGUUCCAAGGAGGGGGUCACUCGAAUAAAGCCAUGUAUGUGCGUGUGUCUUUUGACACAAAGCCUGAUCUUCUACUACACUUGAUGACCAAGGAAUGGCAGCUUGAACUACCCAAACUUCUCAUCUCUGUGCAUGGAGGUCUCCAGAAUUUUGAACUUCAGCCAAAGCUCAAGCAAGUCUUUGGGAAAGGCCUCAUUAAAGCAGCCAUGACAACUGGAGCAUGGAUAUUUACUGGAGGAGUAAACACAGGAGUCAUUCGGCAUGUUGGGGAUGCACUAAAAGACCAUGCCUCAAAGUCAAGAGGGAAGAUCUGCACUAUUGGAAUAGCUCCCUGGGGAAUUGUAGAAAACCAAGAGGAUCUGAUUGGAAAGGAUGUGGUCCGGCCCUACCAAACAAUGUCCAACCCAAUGAGCAAACUGACAGUACUCAACAGCAUGCAUUCUCAUUUUAUUCUGGCUGAUAAUGGGACCACAGGAAAAUACGGUGCAGAAGUGAAACUUCGCAGACAGUUGGAAAAGCACAUCUCACUCCAGAAGAUAAAUACACGGAUCGGGCAAGGGGUCCCAGUGGUGGCUCUCAUUGUGGAAGGAGGACCCAAUGUAAUUUCUAUUGUCUUGGAAUAUCUACGUGACACUCCACCAGUUCCAGUUGUUGUAUGUGAUGGCAGCGGCCGAGCAUCAGACAUCCUUGCAUUUGGUCAUAAGUACUCAGAAGAAGGAGGACUUAUCAAUGAAUCUCUAAGGGACCAAUUGCUUGUUACAAUCCAGAAGACAUUCACCUACACCCGAACCCAGGCACAGCAUCUCUUUAUAAUCCUCAUGGAAUGCAUGAAGAAAAAGGAACUGAUUACAGUGUUUCGCAUGGGAUCAGAAGGACAUCAAGACAUUGAUCUGGCUAUCUUAACAGCUUUGUUGAAAGGAGCCAAUGCCUCUGCUCCAGAUCAACUGAGUUUGGCAUUAGCCUGGAACAGAGUAGACAUCGCACGCAGCCAGAUUUUUAUUUAUGGGCAACAGUGGCCGGUGGGGUCCCUUGAACAAGCAAUGUUGGAUGCCCUGGUAUUGGACAGAGUGGAUUUUGUGAAAUUGCUCAUAGAGAAUGGAGUAAGCAUGCACCGUUUUCUCACCAUCUCCAGACUAGAGGAAUUGUACAAUACGAGACAUGGACCAUCCAACACUUUGUAUCAUCUUGUCAGAGACGUCAAAAAGCGUGAAUAUCCAGGUUUCGGUUGGAUCUAUUUUAAGGGAAACCUACCUCCAGAUUAUAGGAUAAGCCUCAUCGAUAUUGGCCUGGUGAUUGAAUACCUGAUGGGAGGAGCUUAUCGCUGUAAUUAUACUCGAAAACGCUUCCGAACCCUCUACCACAACUUGUUUGGGCCCAAAAGACCCAAAGCCCUGAAACUUCUGGGGAUGGAGGAUGAUGUUCCACUGAGAAGGGGAAGAAAAACAACCAAGAAGCGAGAGGAGGAAGUGGAUAUUGACCUGGAUGAUCCUGAGAUUAAUCAUUUUCCUUUCCCCUUUCAUGAGUUGAUGGUUUGGGCUGUGUUGAUGAAGCGCCAGAAGAUGGCCCUUUUCUUCUGGCAGCAUGGAGAGGAAGCCAUGGCUAAGGCUUUGGUGGCCUGUAAGCUCUGCAAAGCCAUGGCCCAUGAAGCAUCUGAGAAUGAUAUGGUGGAUGACAUAUCUCAGGAGCUAAAUCACAACUCCAGAGAUUUUGGCCAACUGGCAGUGGAGCUGUUGGACCAAUCCUACAAGCAGGAUGAACAACUGGCAAUGAAACUGCUGACCUAUGAGCUGAAGAACUGGAGCAAUGCCACAUGCCUGCAACUUGCAGUAGCAGCCAAGCAUCGAGAUUUCAUUGCUCACACUUGUAGCCAAAUGCUGCUCACAGAUAUGUGGAUGGGGAGGCUCCGGAUGCGUAAGAACUCAAGUCUAAAGGUAAUUCUAGGAAUUCUACUUCCUCCUUCAAUUCUCAGCUUGGAGUUCAAAAACAAAGAUGACAUGCCUUACAUGUCCCAAGCUCAAGAAGUCCAACUUCAAGAGAAAGAGCCAGAGGAACCAGAAAAACCAGUGAAAGAAAAAGAAGAAGAAGACAUGGAACUCACAGCAAUGUUGGGACGUAGCAAUGGAGAGUCAUCAUCACGAAAGAAGGAGGAGGAAGAAGUUCAGAGCAGACACAGAUGGAUCCCCUUUGGACGCAAGAUCUAUGAAUUCUACAAUGCCCCAAUAGUUAAAUUUUGGUUCUAUACUAUGGCAUAUGUUGGAUACCUGAUGUUGUUCAAUUAUAUUGUGUUGGUGAAGAUGGAACGCUGGCCUUCCACGCAGGAAUGGAUAGUUAUCUCAUAUAUUUUUACAAUGGGAAUAGAGAAGAUGCGAGAGAUAUUAAUGUCAGAACCUGGGAAGCUGCUGCAGAAAUUCAAAGUAUGGCUUCAGGAGUACUGGAAUGUUACCGAUCUCAUUGCUAUUCUCCUGUUUUCUGUGGGUAUGAUACUUCGACUCCAGGAUCUGCCACUCAGGAGUGAUGGUCGUGUUAUAUACUGUGUCAACAUCAUUUACUGGUAUAUCCGAUUACUAGACAUCUUCGGGGUGAACAAAUAUUUGGGGCCAUAUGUAAUGAUGAUUGGGAAAAUGAUGAUAGACAUGAUGUAUUUUGUCAUUAUUAUGUUGGUUGUUCUGAUGAGCUUUGGUGUUGCAAGGCAGGCAAUACUCUUCCCCAAUGAAGAACCUUCAUGGAAACUAGCAAAAAAUAUUUUUUACAUGCCGUAUUGGAUGAUCUAUGGGGAAGUGUUUGCAGACCAGAUAGACCCUCCUUGUGGUCAAAAUGAAACCAGAGAGGAUGGUAAAAUAAUCCAGCUGCCUCCCUGCAAAACAGGAGCAUGGAUUGUUCCCGCCAUAAUGGCUUGCUACCUGUUGGUUGCAAACAUCCUUCUGGUGAACUUGCUGAUUGCUGUUUUUAACAACACAUUCUUUGAAGUUAAAUCUAUAUCUAACCAAGUAUGGAAGUUUCAGAGGUAUCAGCUCAUCAUGACAUUCCAUGAAAGACCAGUCUUGCCUCCUCCACUAAUCAUCUUCAGCCACAUGACUAUGAUAUUUCAACACAUAUGCUGCAGAUGGCGAAAACAUGACACCGACCCAGAUGAAACAGACUAUGGGCUGAAGCUUUUUAUAACAGAUGAUGAACUGAAGAAGGUUCAUGAUUUUGAAGAACAAUGCAUAGAAGAAUAUUUCAGAGAAAAAGAUGAUAGAUUCAACUCUUCUAAUGAUGAGAGAAUCCGUGUUACCUCUGAAAGGGUAGAGAAUAUGUCCAUGCGAUUAGAGGAAGUGAAUGAACGAGAACACUGUAUGAAGGCUUCACUUCAAACCGUAGACAUCCGGCUUGCUCAGCUGGAAGACAUGAUAGGGCGAAUGGCUACAGCAUUAGAUAAGCUAACUGGCCUAGACAGAGGAGAAGCCACUAAGGUGCGGUCUCGAACAUCCUCUGAUUGCACUGACACAGCCUACAUUGUCAGACAGAGUAGCUUCAACAGCCAAGAAGGAAACAGUUACAAACUCCAAGAGAGUAUUGAUCCCACAGGGGAGGAGUCAAUGUCACCAACCUCUCCAACAGUAACACCCCGCUUGAGAAGUCACUCCUUUUAUGCAGUGAAUAUGAAAGACAAGUGUGGGUUGGAAAAGUUUGAAAGCAUUUUUAAAGAAAGAUCUCUGAGUCUCCAUCGUGCCAGUAGCUCUCAUUCUGUCUCAAAAGAGCAAAAAGUACCCUUAGUGCCUACAAGCACUCUGUCUAUUGCCCCAGAUUCCAGAAGGCCUUCCUCUUGCAUAGACAUUUAUGUCUCUGCUAUGGACGAGCUGCAGUCUGUAAUAGAACCCCUUGACAGUUCGAUAAAUAUCCUAGGGACGGGAGACCCAGCUCUUCAAGCUCAGAUAGCUUCCAGCGUCCUCUCAAGUAGUGCUUACAUCAGUGGUUCUCCUGCUGACAGAAUUUCAGGCAGGAGUAUUGAUUAUGAAGAUGCCUCUUCAAUAGAAACAAGGGUGUUUUCUUCAGACUAUUCACAAGUCACAGAAAGCCAAAAUCCAUGGGAAUCUGACCCUCCCUUAUACCAUACCUUAGAGCGAUCUAAAAGCAGCCGAUACCUGGCCACAUCGCCAUUUCUUUUGGAUGAAGCGCCCAUCGUCAAAUCUCAAAGUUUCAUGUUCUCGCCUUCUCGGAGCUAUUUCAGCAGCCUUGGAGUGCCAGUCAAAACAGCAGAGUACACAAGCAUCACAGACUGCAUAGACACAAGGUGUGUCAGUGCGCCUCAAACCAUUGCAGAAAGAGCCAGCUUCCCUGGGAAUCAUGGAGAUAAAAUAGAUGACUUAGGAUGCUGCCACCCUGAGAGGGAGGCAGAACUAAGUCACCCAAGCUCUGAUAAUGAGGAUACUGAAGCCAAAGACAAAAAAGUGGUUUCUUUGUCAUCUCAAGAAAGCAAUACAUCUAGAACACUGCCUAACAAUAUCCCUCUUCCAAAAAUUGAACGGGCGAACAGUUAUUCUGCAGAUGAAUCCAACUUAUUGUAUGCACACACCCGAAAAAGCUACUCCAUCAGUGAUAAACUUGAUAGGCAGCGCAAUGCAGCAAGCCUCCGAAGUACGUUCCAGAGGAGCAAGUCAUCCAAACCAGAGAACAGAGGGGACACCUUGUCCAUGAGAAGACUCUCUAGAACAGGUGCCUUCCAUAGCUUUGAGAGCAAGCACAGUUAGAGGUAGCAAGCGUGUGACAAGGAGAAUUGUCUGCUCUCCAGCUCUUUUCUUUGGCAGAAUGGAGUAACUUCAGACCGUGAUAUGUCAGCAACAGCUGGCAGCUGCCACCUGUCAAGUUAGCACUUUGUAAUCUCAGUGUCAAGUACUGUAUCUUGACCUAGUUGACAAUUGCACUCGGUGGGGGUAGGGGGGUGGGUGGAAAAAAUAUAGAGAUGUUAUUUUUAAAAAAACCUUUAUGAUAUCAUGCAUAAAUGGGUAAAGAAAUUAAGAAAUCUGCCUUUGAAAUAGGGAUAGAUUGUGUUGUUUUUUACAGAUAAACAAAAUAACUGUAUACAAAGAUGGUAUUUCCAUUUUGAUUCUGUUGGCUUUUACAUCAGUACCAUUUUUGUGAUGGCUGAUGAAGUACAUCUUUGUAUUAUUCUACUGAAACCAAAAGCAAACCAGUCCUUAACUCUCCCCAGCCUGUUCACAUCUCUGUACCUCUCUUUAAUCAUGGUAAAGAGAAAUUAGCUGAACACUCUCACAGUUCACCAGUCUCUUUUUUGUAUUAACUUAUAGUGCCACAAAUGUUUAUAUUUUCAACAAGGGAAGAAAAGAGAUGCCUUUUGUAUAGCAGCAUGAGGAAAAGGGAACAAUUUAUUUAAUAAGUAGUCACAUGGUCUCCUGUUAUUAAACAGGCUUUUUAGCACAGUUGAGCAAGCUCAGGAUGAAUGUAAUUAAGUGGAAUAGUAAAUAUUUAUUUUUUUAACUACACACAUCAAGUUAGAAGGUAUGUAUUUUAUGGAAUUCUGUUAAAAUGUCAUGAUGACAAGGUGAAAAUAAGAGCAGAACUGAUAUUGUGUUCUUUGUUCUGUGCUACGUCUUCAUCUCAUUAUUUCUGAGUAUUUGCAUCCACUGCUGCUUUUUUUCUUUUUGUCAUUGCUGUGUUAUUGUAGCUGUUCUCCCAUUUAGCCAGCAUUUUUUUAUGUCAGGACAUAUUGUUCCAGAACUUUACAAUAUUUAUAGUACUGUAUGUUCAUUAUAUGGUCUGAUCUUGAAGGAGCACAGAACAAUAGAAGAUGCUGGAUGAUGUUCUAUUCUGAAAAAAAAAAAGGGUUGCAGAGGUUAGUUAAACCACCAAAGCAAAAUUAGGAUACAUGCAAAAGCCAUUAAAAAUAACAACUAUGCUUCCAUUGUAUAGAGAAACAAAACAACAAAACAGUAAUACCAUGCCCUGGAAUGAAAAUGCCAGCCCCAUCCCACCACCCCACUGGCCUAUUUGACAUCAGUGUUCACAAGAAUACUUGAGGGUUGCAGGGACUGAAAGGGGUUCACACUAUUACUUUGAAGGUGGUUCACACUAUUAAUGGGAUAAUACAGCAAAUAGAUUGCAGUGCCCACCAAAAGAAAAUCUUACUCUUGAAACACAUUUAGAGAAAUAAGUAAUCAUUACUUAGUAAUAUGAGAUAGAUAGAUAGAUAGAUGAUAGAUAGAUAGAUAGAUAGAUAGAUAGAUAGAUAGAUAGAUAGAUAAGGGCAUCACUGUCCCAUUGUCCACUUAAAAGACCUUCUGCACUCUCUAAUGUUCACUGACUAAAUUCCUUUCUUCAGAUUUAACCAUCUCAGCCUGAACAUUUACAUGCAAGUGCAAAGUAUCACAGGGCAAGGAGGCCUGGCACUGUCCAUAAGCCUCAGCUGGCAUGGACAACUGUCAGGGGUUGUUGCAGCUGUCCAGGAUGACUGGAAAGGACACCAAUAAAACCACACAACUCUGAUGGUCUGUGUGGGUUUACUUUUAUCUGACACUAGGUAGGGGCAAAGAAGCGAGCGUUAUGAGCAGCAAAAUGGCAUGCUUGUUUCAAUUACAUAGUCAACGGAACUUCCUGCACUCUGCUGUAUACUCCAUCUCUGCUAUUAACCCAACUAUUCUUCUAAAGUUUACCCAUCUGUUCUGCACUCUGUAUUUUUAUGUAAUGUGGAUUUAUUGCAGAUCAAGAGCAGAACUUUGACUUGUCUGAAUGCAUGCAAAUGAGUCUUAAGAUGUGCUGAUUGUUCAGGGACCAAGGGCAAAGCAAUUUUCUUUACCAGUCUGCUUCACACUUCCAACAUCAGUUUGUCACUAUCUGUUUAUACACAUACUUCUACUGAAGUCCUGACUUUUGUUGUAUAAUUCAGAAGAGCAACUUAAGGAAGAGAAGGAACACUUCAGAGCAGAGCACUUUUUCCCACUCCAAUUUUCCCCCCAAAUUGCUUUCAAUCCCCACACUUAGCAAGGGAAUUUCAGAGAUGUGUGGGUUUUUUUUUAAUGCAAAACUAAGUUAAAUGGUAUCUGAAUUCUAACUUGUGCAAUAGCAUGCAGUAUAGUAAGCAUAUAUAUACUUAUGUAUAAGUCAACCUUAUGUAUAACGUAAGGGUAGGUUUUGGGGGCAGAAUUAUGGAUUUUGAU